AUGUCUCGGCGUCUAAGUGAGGCUUUUAUGAGCUGUCUUCGCUGCCUAGGCAAUUCAACAACUUGCGGCUGCAUUGGCGACAACUCCAGUGAUGAAGAGCAGGGCGUCCCAGCACCUGCCCAAUCUACCCCAGCCGCAACAGGAGCAGCCCCAGCCGCGGGCUCAAAUCAGCAGCCACAGCCACAGACUCCAUUGCAGAUAUCUCCUGCUGCCCAGCCCCAAGCUGCUGCCAAGGCGGCACCUACUACAACACCUACUCAGCCGAUAGCAGGCCCUUCAGGAUCUCGUCCAGGGCCUCGUCCACGGACUCGGAAUCUAGGUAUACUUGAAGCCGCGUUCGAGGCGCCCCCUCGCCCUUUCGAGGAGGUCCUCGGCUCUGGCAAUACUGGUAAUAGACUACGGCAAUGGAUGAAAGCACAUGACCCUCUUUUUGACAAUGAUCCUGCUCUCGCGCAUCUCAAGUAUAACAAGUUCCAAGAUGUCGGGGCCCAACGUUCGGGAUUACUUGAGGAUCAGGUGAAGGAACUUGGGCUUCCUGAUGAGUUCGGUUCCGACGCGGGAUCUCAAUUUAAUGUUGAUGUUUCUAGUGCUUCCGAAUCCGACAAGGAUACCAAACCUUCUGUGUAUCUGAAAUUUCAAUGCGGUGCAAUGACCGAAGACUUUAAUUGGGAGGGCAGUACCGGUCCGGGGAUCAUCGUUAUUGAUGUUGCAUACAGAGAACCUUGGUCAGCCACUCCACGCCAUGCAUACGUGACUAAAGCUAUAUACGAAUAUAAGUUUUCCCUUCAGACUUUAGAGCAUGUGUUUGUUACUCGCAUCCUGAAUGUUAACACAAGGCGCUUUAUCAGUGAGCGCCUAUACACCGAGGACAACAAUCUCACCUGGCCGGCAGACGAUGCAGAAACAAAGGAUUUCCCCCCUAUUGCUUGGGAAAAUGGCACGGCAGAGUAUGAUGCCCUGCUUGGAACUGCAUUUGGUAAGAUUAUUGCCUACUUAGUUCUUAGCGCGUAUCCCAGGGUACUCGAAGAAUUGCCCGGGUCGUCACCUGGCCGCUUCCUCUGUGCAUGCGUUUUGACAUUGAGGAUUUGA